UCUUUUUUGUUCGUCUUUCUAAUAAUUUUCCCUCUCUAGGGUUUUAGGAAAUACGGUAGCUUUCCUGGUAUUGUAAUUCAUUUUUUAGUUAUUCAGUUGAUUCUUUCUUCUGAAUCUAAAACCAGAGUGAGAGAGAUUUCGUGAUGUCCUUUCAGAAACCAUACGCGAAGAAGAAUCAUCAUUAAAAGAAAGGAAAAACAAUGUCGUUUCCAGGAUUCUCUACUCAACCUCAACAAAACCUUUUUCAACCCCAAUCUCAACCUAAUUCCUUUCAACAAACUAACCCCUUUCAACAAACCCAACAUCAACAGCAACAGCAACAACCGCAACAGUUUCAAUUUCAGCAGCAGCAACAACAGCAACAGCAACAGCAACAAUUAUAUCUCCUAACAAACGAUAAAACUCCAGCAACUUAUAAUACCAAAUGGGCUGAUCUUCAUCCUGAUUCUCAGAAAAUCCUUCUCCAGAUCGAAGAGAGAAUAUUGGAAUUCAGGGAUGAAAGCCAACGACUUGAUCAAUGUAGCCGUCUUUACGAUUCCUCGGUCUCCAAUGAUGGAUUCGAGCUCGAUGCUAGUCAUAUUGUGCAGGAACUUGGGGGAAUCAGCACUGGCAUGGAAAGAGAGAAAAUUGUGCUGCAAGAACUGAUGGUUGUCAUAAAAGACAUAAUGAGAAACACAGAACUUGCAGUGCGUUCAUUCAUGAUACUCCGCCCUAGGUUUAUUCAUCCAAAGGUGGGAGCUGCCGCAAAUGUUAACGCCCAAGGUCAAGCUCAAGGAGCUCCAAGUGCGAUUACUCCAUCAGUAUCUACCUCUAGUGUACCUGAAUAUGAUUUCUACAGUGGGCUCCCAAGGAGACCAUCACCUUUCAUGCAGCAAACAGUAGCCAGAUUAGAGAAAUAUCUUGGUGAGUGCCGCCAGUGUGUUGAAGAGUUAGAGCAACUGCUCCUCUCUGAUUCUGAGAGAUCUUCUGGUUCAGAUUCAUCAUUGUUGCGGUCUUUACCAAAGGUUUUGUCCAAUGUGCACGAUUUCUUUGUUCAUGUAGCUGCCAAGGUGGAGAGUCUUCAUCAAGGCAUUGAAUCCAUGAAGUCAGCUUAUCUUGCUGACCAACGGCGACGAGGGGAUAGUAAUGAUCCAUUUCUUGAGGCAGAUCGGAGGCAACUGGCCAAACAAGAAGCUGCUUCUAAGAGAGUUCAUCCAACAUUACAUUUGCCCGCCGUUUCACAACCAUCUACUCAGGUAGCAGGUUUGUUUGCUGGUUCAGCAGCACCGGCUAUAAAUGCACCACAACCAUCAUUAGGGACCACGCCAGCUUCUUCAGGGAGUGGGUUCUCUCUUUUCACAUCCCCAGCUGCUGCUCCAUCGGCCAACUUAUUUUCUACCCCAGCAUCUGCUCCAACGCCGUCCCUUUUCGGUUCACCUGCUGCUUCUCCUCAACCUCCAAUUUUAGGGACACCGCAACAAUCUUUGUUUGGUCCAACCCCAGCUCAAUCUUUUGGUUCUACCCCUGCCACUGGGACUUCACCUUUCUCUUCUACUCCUUUCGCAUCGGGUCAACCAGCAGGAUCUGGGUCAAGCUUUGGGAAUGCUUCUAAGUCUCGGCCAAAAUCCAGGACUGCAAGACGCUAGUUAUACCUCAGAGACAAGACGCAGUUCCGUAAACCAAUCUGCCUGCCAUUUGUUUCUACCAAUGACAUGAGAGUUUCCAACCGCUCUAAUAGCAGCUUCGUGCGGUGAUCCUUUUUGUUGAACCUUCCCCUAGUAAUGCGACCAACCACUCAAUCCAAAUCUUAAGCUCGGUCAUUCCUUGCGAUGAUGUUGCAUCUUGAUUCUUGAGUUUGUUCUUAUUUUUUGUAUUUUGGAUAUAUCAUGUCAGUUCUCAGAUAUAAAGUUCCAAGCUCAUGUAAACUGUAGAUUAUUAGGAAAAAGAUCUCCGUUGAGAGAGAGUAGGUUUUCUCUCUUCUGGUUGUAGUUUUACUGUCUUUUUUUAAGAUUAAGCCAAUGUAUAAUUAACUUUAACGUUAUGGUAAAUGUUUGAUGGUACAUUUUAUGAAGAUCAACCUUGCUAAA